AUGGUCAUUUUUCUCAUGUCAACGGCCCUGUUCUUGAGUUCGCUAAGGCUAACCAGAUCACGAUCUUUGUCUUGCCGUCACACACGAGCCAUUUCACGCAACCUCUCGACGAUGCCGUUUUAUCAGCCAUUUCACGCAACCUCUCGACGAUGCCGUUUAUCAGCUCUAAAGAUAAACUAUGAGAAGCAACUCGAGGACUUUCCGCUGAGGCACGACCAAGCACAGCCCACCGAGCAUAACCUUGCUGUGUUAGUAAUGAAGGCUUCGAAGGGCGCAGUGACGAUGUCAACCUGCCUCACGGCAUUUCGAAGAACAGGGAUCGUGCCGCUGUGCUUGGAAACGAUGCUACAGCGCAUUGUGGGGAAACAACCCGUCGUGACCGACCUCCCUCUUGUAAGCUACAUUCGUAGUUUGCCCGAUCCAGCGCCAAGACAAGAGCAUCAACUAAAACGGGUAGGUAUUAGCCACAACGCACUGAAAGCUACGUUUUUGGGGAUGGAAACGAUCUCCAUGUUGGCGCCGAAGUUCCAAUCUCCAAAACGAACACGGUCUUUUGUUAGUGGUGGUGUUCUCAUGACACGACCGGAAAUGAAAGCUGCAGUACUUGAAGCUGAGGUACAGCGCCGUCAAAAACUCGAAGAACGAGCUGCUAAAGCUUAG